CCACAGUAGUAAAAACCAAUGUGAGGAGAAGCCUUCUGUAAACCCUCAGCCAUGCUGUGUAGUCGGUUGCGUAGUCGGACCUGUCCGGAAACUAAAGUGCUAUAGCUUUUAAAAACCGUGCGUAAUUAAUUUUCAAAGAAUGAUCCUUAAAGAGUGCGUAAUUGUGUUUCAAUCCCCAGGACGGAUGUAAAGUGCGCAAUGGCUCUUAAUGAAGUUAUGAGGAUCACAAGAAGGAUAAAAAGAGCGUUUCCACUGAGAUGCCGGUAUCUGCGCUGUGUGCUGGGCUGAUUGGAAAUUUCAUUGGAAGUAUUAGUGGGAAAAACGCUUCCUGUAACUGCGAUACGCACAGAUAAAUGGAGUAACGGAAAGGAGGGGGGGGGGGGUUGAGGGUGAGCAGAGAACUUCACACGGCGUUCAAAGUGACUGUCAGUCAACUCAAGUGGACUUUCCGCUUCAGGAGUGCCAAUAAUGCGUCUUAUUACUAUCACAGACGCGGCGGAGUAACCCUCAGGGGACAGGUCACCGCAUCUGCGAGACAGCAUAAAGAGUGGAGCCGAUCCGCUACUUGAGCGUGGACGCACACGGGGGGGACUUGGAGCACCGGAUCUUUUACCCGUAUGUCCACUCUCUGCCUACAGUCGGCUGGUGUUCAGAGGAUGACCGCAGAUGCUCAGCGAGUACUCAUAUGACUUGAGAAGCUUUGGUUUUUCCAACAGAAGAGCAGACUUUUCAAGGGGACAUAUUUCGGACCGGACAUAGAAGGAAACUAAAGUUGCGCACGGUUACUUUAUUUCAAUUUUCAUCCUUGUUGGACGCACGGGACGUAACCACACGGUGUUUGAAGAGGCUUUAUCGGCCUGAAGGUCUCCGGUUCAACUUUUUUUUUCCCCAGAGGCGCCCGAGAAGGAGUUUACGUGUUUUUUUUUCUUCUUCUCUCCACGGGAGCUAUGAGCGGACUGCGUAAGCACGUCACUAUGGGACUGGUGCUACUGAUGUGCACGCUGACCGGCCACUGCAGCGAGAGCGCGCCCUCGGCGGCCCCGGCAGCAGCCGGCAGGGACUUGAGGCGGAUGGUGGAGAUCGUGAGGCACGUGGAGGAGAACCGGGGUCGCCACAGCGCGAAAACGGAAGCCCCGUUAACAUCACGGGUGAGGAGUACUCCGGUGGAACCGAGGGAUUUACUGAGAGUAGACAGAGGGGAUCAGGCUGUCGUCGUAUUCCCCAGAGAUGUCAAAAAGAAGGAGAAGUUCCUAAAACAUAUAACAGGUCCGCUUUACUUCAGUCCCAAGUGCAGGAAGCAUGUGUACAGGCUCUACCACCACACCAGAGACUGCACGAUACCUGCAUACUUCAAAAGAUGUGCACGGCUUCUCACAAGACUAGCCGGCAGCCCGCAGUGCACAGAGGGGUAACCCACACAAGGUUGAAACCAAACACAAGUUCUGCACAAGAAAAAAAAACUUGGGAAAAAAGUGCCUUGGACAGUACGAGGGAAGCCUAAAAUACUCUGACCAGCCCCAACUGACAUUAGGCACAGCUUUGCCCUUCAGUGAGGUCUGAUCUGAUGAGGCGUGGAUUACCGCCAGCCACCGCUCUGGCUGGGCCUUGAUGGUUGGCUGUCACCACGAGGGAGCAACUGGCCAACAAAACCAGACCACGAUAAAGAUGGUGAAACUGACGAGUGGAGAACGAAACAAGUGGCUGAGAGAAACAAACACGGGGCCUAUUUUCCUGCUGGCAUCCAAAAAGCUGUUAAAAAAAGGGAUUGCAUAGUUUAUUUCUUUAAGAGCCAAAUCCAAAUGUCUUUACUAUGUUGGUUUGCUCUGUUUGAGUGUUGUGGGUUGAGCCCGUCCCUUCUGCUGCACUACCCCUGGCAAAAAGCUCUCACAGACCCCUGACAUCAGUCACAGCUUAGUUUCACCCACUUGUGCUCACACUGAGGAGGAACUGUGAUUAUAUUAUUGAUUGCAUGAAUAUUUCUCUGUGUCUUUGCAACACAUGUUUAAAAAAAGGAAGUGGCAGUUGGAAGUCUCAGCCCUCCUGUGGAUCUUGGUAGAGCAUGGUAAAAUCUGUAUUUAUAUAUUUGAGUUGUCACAAUGUUCCACUGUACAGACUAUAGGCCAUAUGAAACAAGAGAAAUGUGUACAUACUGUAAAGCUAAAUCCACCUAUCUACCGUAAAUUAAAGUGACUGGCAUUUAUCAAAUGGCUGUUAAAUACAUAUAUAUAUAUAUAUAAAU